UCUUACAAUUCCCGAGAAUUGCUUGUCUUUUCUCGCACUAAUCCAAACGGCUUUAAUUUGAAUUCUGGUUUGAGAUCCUCCGGAGUAUUUGCCCCUAUGUAUUUAUAAGUAUUUUCUGAUACGGUUAGUCUUCAAGUUUUCAAAGGAGACUUUCAUUCCAUUUUCUGAGCUUUGGGUUUGAGAUCAUUCAUCGCAAAGGGCAUUCAGGUCAGAUAUUCAUAUCUGAAAAAUUGGCCCUCUGACUGUUAGAUAAUGGCUUGUGGAAAUCCUUAUCUAGAGGAAUUGCAAGGAUCCCCCGAAGUUGUCGAUCCUCACACGAAAGUUGAUAAGCUUGAAGUGAAUAAGCUUUUCAAUGAUUCUCCUCAAGUUGCUUCCAAACCUAUUGUGACUGCUCCUAGUAGUGUCCGUGAACUCUUAGAAUGUCCUGUAUGCUUAAAUGCUAUGUAUCCUCCCAUUCACCAGUGCUCAAAUGGCCAUACACUGUGUUCUGGGUGCAAGCCAAGAGUCCACAAUCGAUGCCCGACCUGUAGGCAUGAGCUUGGCAAUAUUAGAUGCUUGGCAUUGGAGAAAGUGGCAUCUUCUCUUGAGUUGCCAUGCAAGUACCAGAGUUUCGGUUGCAAUGGUAUAUUCCCUUACUACAGUAAGCUAAAGCACGAAGCUCAGUGCACGUUUAGACCAUACAACUGCCCCUAUGCUGGCUCAGAGUGCUCUGUGGUUGGUGAUAUUCCAUCUUUGGUGGCUCAUUUGAAAGAUGAUCACAAAGUGGACAUGCACAGUGGCAGUACCUUCAACCACCGAUAUGUCAAGGCCAAUCCUCACGAGGUUGGCAAUGCCACGUGGAUGUUAACGGUGUUCAGUUGCUUUGGCCAGUAUUUCUGCCUGCACUUUGAAGCCUUUCAGCUUGGAAUAGCACCCGUAUAUAUAGCUUUUCUACGCUUCAUGGGUGAUGACAACGAGGCCAAGAAUUACAGCUACAGUCUUGAAGUGGGUGCAAACGGUAGGAAGAUGAUUUGGCAAGGGGUCCCAAGAAGCAUAAGAGACAGUCACAGGAAGGUUCGAGACAGUUACGAUGGGUUAAUUAUACAAAGGAAUAUGGCUCUCUUCUUCUCAGGGGGUGACAGGAAAGAGUUGAAGCUUAGGGUGACAGGAAGGAUAUGGAAAGAGCAGUGAUAUAUGCAUGGUGUUCUUCUACCUUCUACUUUUCUUGCUCAUUGUUUAUCUCUCAUUGGUCAUUUUCUUUCAACUUUUUCUACUCCUUUUUCUCAUGGGUCAUUUACCCUGUUAGCAAAUCCUCUUUGCUUUUAGGAUUAGGAGCUUCAAUUGGUGGACCAAUGUUAUUUAUGUAUUGGUUUGUAGCAUGUUUGUAUAUUUCAAAUGGGAAGUUUAUUAGUCUUUAGCUAGCGUAUUGGGAA